UGUAGUGCCGCUGAAAUCAAUAUAAGUCCCAGUUUCUGGAAUUCGUCAGGCUUUCUGGGUUGGCAACCAAUUUAGAGACCUCCAAGAAGGAUGGGAAAGAGACAGCUUGGAAGGAUGGUUUCCUGGUGAUGACAUGGCAUCUGCCAGCUCCAGCCGGGCAGGGGUGGCCCUGCCUUUUGAGAAGUCUCAGCUUAUUCUGAAAGUGGUGUCAGCAAAGCCCAAGGUGCAUAGUCGUCAACCUCGAAUUAACUCGUUUGUGGAAGUGGCAGUGGAUGGACUCCCCAGUGAGACCAAGAAGACUGGGAAGCGAAUUGGGAGCUCCGAGCUUCUCUGGAACGAGAUCAUCAUUUUGAAUGUCACGGCCCAGAGUCAUUUAGAUUUGAAGGUCUGGAGCUGCCACACCUUGAGAAAUGAACUGCUAGGCACCGCCUCUGUCAACCUCUCCAAUGUCCUGAAGAACAAUGGGGGCAAAAUGGAGAACACACAGCUGACCCUGAACCUGCAGACAGAGAACAAAGGCGGUGUUGUCUCGGGUGGUGAGCUGACAAUUUUCCUGGACGGGCCGGCUGUUGAUCUGGGAAGCGUGCCUAAUGGCAGCGCCGUGACGGAUGGUUCACAGCCGCCUUCGAGAGAAUCCAGCGGGACGGCUGUCACUCCAGAGAACCGGCACCAGCCCCCCAGCACAAACUGCUUUGGUGGGAGAUCCCGGACACACAGACAUUCAGGUGGUUCAGCCAGAACAGCAACUGGUGAGCAGAGCCCCGGUGCUAGCAGCCGGCAGCAUCAGCCCCUCAAGAACCCAAGCCACAGUGGCUCGGCCAAUGGCACAGUGAAUGACGAACCCACUGCAGCCACUGACCCCGAAGGACCCUCCGCUGUUGCUGUGGUGUCCCCGUCUGCUGCGGCAUCGAGUGCGGUCCCCAACCCCGCCACCGCGACACUCCCUGCCACGGCCACGCCGGAGGAAGGAGAGGAGCCCAGCACUUCGGGUACCCAGCAGCUCCCAGUGGCUGCCCAGGCCCCUGAUGCUCUGCCUGCUGGAUGGGAGCAGCGAGAGCUCCCCAAUGGGCGUGUCUAUUAUGUUGACCACAAUACCAAGACCACCACCUGGGAGCGGCCUCUUCCUCCAGGCUGGGAGAAACGCACAGACCCCCGAGGCAGGUUCUACUACGUGGACCACAACACUCGGACCACCACCUGGCAGCGCCCCACGGCCGAGUACGUGCGGAGCUAUGAGCAGUGGCAGUCCCAGCGCAACCAGCUCCAGGGCGCCAUGCAGCACUUCAGCCAAAGAUUCCUCUACCAGUCUUCGAGUGCUUCCACUGACCAUGACCCACUGGGCCCCCUCCCUCCUGGCUGGGAGAAGAGACAGGACAACGGACGGGUGUAUUACGUGAACCAUAACACACGCACUACCCAGUGGGAGGACCCUCGGACCCAGGGGAUGAUCCAGGAACCAGCUCUGCCCCCAGGGUGGGAGAUGAAGUACACCAGCGAGGGGGUGCGUUACUUCGUGGACCACAAUACCCGCACCACCACCUUUAAGGAUCCUCGCCCAGGGUUUGAGUCUGGGACGAAGCAAGGUUCCCCUGGUGCCUAUGACCGAAGUUUUCGGUGGAAGUAUCACCAGUUCCGUUUCCUCUGCCAUUCAAAUGCUCUCCCCAGCCAUGUGAAGAUCAGCGUUUCCAGGCAGACACUUUUUGAGGAUUCUUUCCAACAGAUCAUGAACAUGAAGCCCUACGACCUGCGCCGCCGGCUCUACAUCAUCAUGCGCGGCGAGGAGGGCCUGGACUAUGGAGGCAUCGCCAGAGAGUGGUUUUUCCUCCUGUCCCACGAGGUGCUCAACCCCAUGUACUGUUUAUUUGAAUACGCCGGGAAGAACAAUUACUGCCUGCAGAUCAACCCCGCCUCCUCCAUCAACCCCGACCACCUCACCUACUUCCGCUUUAUUGGCAGAUUCAUUGCCAUGGCUCUGUACCAUGGAAAGUUCAUCGAUACAGGCUUCACCCUCCCUUUCUACAAGCGGAUGCUAAACAAGAGACCAACCCUGAAAGACCUGGAAUCCAUCGACCCCGAAUUCUACAAAUCUAUCAUCUGGAUCAAAGAGAACAAUCUGGAAGAGUGCGGCCUAGAGCUGUACUUCAUCCAGGACAUGGAGAUCCUGGGCAAGGUGACAACCCAUGAGCUGAAGGAAGGUGGUGAGAGCAUCCGAGUGACAGAGGAGAACAAGGAAGAGUACAUCAUGCUGCUGACUGACUGGCGUUUCACCCGAGGCGUGGAAGAGCAGACCAAGGCCUUCCUGGAUGGCUUCAACGAGGUGGCCCCCCUGGAGUGGUUGCGCUACUUUGACGAGAAAGAGCUGGAGCUGAUGCUGUGCGGCAUGCAGGAGAUAGACAUGAGCGACUGGCAGAAGAACACUAUCUACCGGCACUAUACCAAGAACAGCAAGCAGAUCCAGUGGUUCUGGCAGGUGGUGAAGGAGAUGGACAAUGAGAAGAGAAUCCGGCUGCUGCAGUUUGUCACUGGGACCUGCCGCCUGCCUGUUGGGGGAUUCACCGAACUCAUUGGUAGCAAUGGACCACAGAAGUUUUGCAUUGACAAGGUUGGCAAGGAAACCUGGCUGCCCAGAAGCCACACCUGUUUCAACCGGCUGGAUCUGCCACCAUACAAGAGCUACGAACAGCUGAAGGAGAAGCUGCUGUAUGCUGUCGAGGAGACCGAGGGCUUUGGACAGGAGUAACUCAGGCUGCCCCUUCCCACACCCCCAGCACAUAUGUAGUCCAGAGUCCUGCCUGCCCGAGAAGCUGCUGGCCGCACAGCCCGGGAGGCCCCUGCGGAUGGCGGCCCUGCACAGGACCACACUGUCAUCAGGCUGGUGGCAGAAGAGCCUGACCUCAAGAGGCCCUGCCCACCCCACCCUCCUACCCGCUGGUGGCAGUCUGGAAUAAAGCCCCCAUGUCACUCUUGGCCCCAUCAACCAUUGCAAAGUCUGGAGGGCUGACCCUGUCUGUAGAGCUCACCCUCCUUCUCCCCUGAGACCAAUCCUAGGUGUGUGUGAGUGUGCAAGGUGGGGCGCGCCAUGCCGCAGCCCUCGGCCUCAUGGGCUGGUUAGGUGAGAAGGAGACCGACCACUUGGGGUAGGUGUUCUGGGCUAACAAAGCCCACGGUCUUUGUCAGUAAAAGAGGUUCUGUUUUGUCUAGAACUUUUCCAGUGAUCUGUAUAAAUGAAGGUCUGAGGGAGCGGAGCUCCAGAUCAAGGUCGCCGCUCGUCCCUCGCUAGCCGUCUCCAGCUGCAGAGGCUGAGCAGCAUGGCCCCUCCCUCCACUCAUUGCUGGCCAGUUGGUUCUUUCCAGCAGAUAAAGGGUCGUACCAGCUGCUUGGGUGUUGCGGAUGGAAACGGCAAACCCCCUCAGACUUUCUUUUCCCAUUUACAUACACUUGAAACAUUUUGUGUGUAGGGCUGCUUUGUGUUCUGUUGCUGGUAUGCUGCUGUCACUGCUUCCUGUCAAGGAGCUGGUGUGCCGGGCAUGGCUGGGACCCUGAGGGACCCAGCACUGUUGGUCCAAGAAUUUCCCAAACAGCUGCUCCCCUUAGGAACCUGCUUAGCAGUUCUACGAGCUCAGGCAGGCCUGACCCGGCGGCUCAGCUUCCCAGCAGCCUUGUCCCCAACCCUUGACAGAGAGGGAAGGGGGUUGUUGUCCUGAGUGGCACCCCGACCUCUCCGCCUCCAGUAGACAACUCCCUUUGCUAGAUGGGGUGACGGGGCACGUGGGGCUGACCUGCCAAGCCCCCGGACCUCCAGGCGGCACAUGCGUCCGGGUUGAGAAUGAAGUGCACCCCAGCUACUGUAGAGUGUGUUCACUCUGCCUAGAAGUGCAGCUUUACCUGCACAGAGGAAACGAUGCUCUUGGAAGCCAGCAGAAGGGCCCUGAGCUGCUGCCCAUUGUCUGACUUGAUUGCUGGAGCUCCUGCCAGCCUCUGCCGUGGGCAUCCUGCUAUGUGUUGAGAUCUUCCAGGCGAAUACUCUCCUCUGGGAUGCUGGAGUGGUGAUUGUUGCUGGGCCCCCAUGCAGGCCCUCAUACUGGCUACGUGGUCUUCUGAGGACAGUCUCGUGCUCCCAGGUCCUCGUCCUUCCCCCUGGCCUAUGUUGGCUCUGUUGUGUGUGCUGAUUCGGGUGGCUCAGCUCACUGCAGCCCAACCUUUCUUCUUCCCUCGAAUCGUUGGCAGUGCUUCCCUGCGGUGUCUCACCAUGUUGGGGGUUGGGGUGCAAGCUGCCUUGCGGGGUUUGGGAGCCUCAGGCUCAUGCGUGUGCAGUGUUGUCAUGUGGGUGUGGGUGUGUACAUACGUGUAUAUAACUGAGGUGUCUGUACGGAAUGCCCUUUGGUAGCUCUGAGUUGGUCACCAGAUUGUUUUGUAAUGCCCACCCCCUUGCCUCGGUAUUGCCAGUUUCUUGUGCAAUAAACAGUCAGCAGCUAUGGGUGGUGUUGGCGUGGAUGUGUCCAAAAUUAUUGUCCUCCAGACAAAAGGCCUCUAGGCCUCACAGACCCUCUAGGUCCAGACAGGGGCGGACAUUCCAUGACCUUGCUGGUUUUGAGAAUUUUGUGUGUCAUUAACCAAGACAGCCACACUUCUGGUGCGUGGCUGAGUCCUCGUCUGGGGAUCACAGGCUUCAGCCCUCGGUCAGUUGCCUCACAGCUCCCUUUUGGCCUGGGUUUCUUUGAGCAGUUGCUGUGGAGCCAGAGCACCAACAGCUGAGCCUGCAGGUUGGACAGGCUUCAGGAACCGGCUCCUGGGGACAGUGUUAUGGGCAAUCAUUCAUUCGAGAAACAUUUCCUGGGGUUUCUUGAGUUCCGUGAUCAUAGAGGGACCCCCUGAUCUUGAGCUCAUCAUGGUCAGACAAGGGCUUGCCGCCCACUUUUUUGAACACCUGAAGGUCCAGAUAGGACCCAUCAGUGCAGUCUUGAUGCUUUUGACAUGGAAAUGACUUGGUUGUGGAUCAGGCCUUGCUCUCACCGGGCUUCUUCCCGAGGGAGGCAGAGGUGGCAGAGCAUCUCCUCCCUGGAGUUCAUCAGCUGAACUCACUACCCCCAGCACCAAAGCUAUACUUUGAGGAAAUUAUCGACAAAAGUCCACACGUUAUACAGACGUCUCAUAAUAAAUUCCAAUAAGACAUCUCUAGUCGAAAUUGUUCUCCCCACUCUUAUCCCCAGAAGUAACUGCUGUUCAGUUUGCUGUCCUUCCAGACUAUUUUUGUGUGUAUAAAUCAUAUGUACAUAUAAUUUUAAAAUGUACUAAAAAUGAGAUCUUACACAUAUUGAGCAACUCAUCUCAUUAAAUGAGAUAUUAAUAAGGACACCUUUCCAUGUUCGUCAGCAUAGGUCCAGUGAAUUCUUUAGUGUGUGAUAGCCCAUGUCAUGGUUGUCCUGUAACACAACCAUCUUUGUCCUAACGGGCAUUGUAUUUGUGUCCAACAGUUUGCUGGUGGAGGCUCUUGGUCAGGUCUUGUGCACCGAUGCUGCUCUUCUGGGAGGGGGCAGUCCUGGAGUUGGACGGUUGACUAUGCACCUUUAUUUUUAUUUCAAAGUUGUAAAAACGGUUUAGAAGUCCAAGACAGGAAGGGUCCACAGUGAAACACCCCCUCUUUUGUUCCUCAGGCAUUCUGAUCACCUUCUAGAGGCGACUGUUGUUGCUGGUUUCUUUCGGAUCCCUCCAGAUAGACUUUAAAAUCCCAACAGAUUCUACUCAAUUGCCCUUCAAAAAGGUUCUUGUUUUACCAGCCUUAGCAUUGGACAGGACCCCUUGCCUCCCCACUCUGCGAACUGGAUCUAUGAGCUUCCUGUCUGUUCUUCCGGCUCUUUUUACACUUUUCCAUCUCCUAACUCUGGGCAUCUGCCCUUUUGCUUUUACAUGAUCAUAGUGUUUGUUUGUUUGUUUUAAAAAAAAACAUUUAUGUUCUAUUUUGUAACCAUAAUGAAGUCUGUACUUUUCUAAAGGUUUAUUCAAAAAACUGAAAAGCAAGAAAAAUGUUUAUAUCACUAUGAUGAUCUAAAUGCUGUUUACUCCAGAACAAAAUGGUAUAACGUAGUACAACUAUUUCUCCCUCAUACAGCUCUUUCACCCUAGGGAUUCUAAUUACUGAUCCUUGAUUUUACUAUAUCCUCAUUUUUUUUUCUUACUCUUAAGUGUUUCAAGUUAAAUUAGACAAGGAGGAAGCCUCCCUACCUCUACACGCUGUAGUAAGUUCCUGAUAAAAUUAGCCAAAGCUACAAAUUAUUUUGGAACUGAAGAGCAGAUAUGACUCCCUUUGUCACCCAAGGACCCCAGUGGGGCUCAAGACUUUAUGUAAGUUGGGACCUCACUGGAUCUGGUAUAUUGCCCUUCUAUAUUGGGUCUUUAUCCUUCUAGAAAAACUUAGGCUAAAGAUCUAUGUGCUUCCAUUCAGAGGAAUGCUUACAAAUAGCAGGCACUUCUUGAUCUUCAGCUGAACUUGGCAACAACAAGGCCCCAGCCUCAUCUUGGGGAAAAAAAUUGAGUCAGUGCCCAAAGUUAUUACCUCUGCUCAUUUUCCUACACUCUCCCCCAUGAGUCUAGUUUUAAAUACCCUUUUCUCCACGUCGCUCUGAUUCUGAGGUUGGUUUAAGUUUCAUAGUCACUUUCAAGGUCACUUUCCUGUGGUCCAUGCUGCACGAGUCAAGCACCAAUUGGCUGACUCAGAUCGGAGCACGUGACUUGUCUUUGGCACAUUUUCUGUUUUUUGUACCUUCUGAACGUCAUCAUGGACUCAGGGCCUCACUCCAACUCAGCUGGUCCCAGUGACAAUGAUCAUUGUUUUCUUUUUGCUGCUUGUCACAGUUUUGGCCCCUUCAACUCGACUCUCUUGUCACCUCUCCAGAUAUACUUGAUGGUCUCCAUGACAUCUAGUCCCAACACUAGUUCUCUUGCCCAAACACAGAAUCAACUACUCCACUAGGAGCCCUGGUUCUUUUUGGUGUAAAAUAGUACUAGAAACCAAAAUGUGGGGUUCCAUCAGGAUGGUACCAUGAACUCAUGACUUGAUCAGCUUCUCGGCUCCAAAAGUAUAAUAUAAAAAGGGAACACAAAAUAUAAAAAGACAGAAAAAAAGGCUGGUUCAAAAACAAGAUAAAUAAGCCCAUGGGUUAUAAAUAAAACAAAAAUGCAGAACAUUGGGCAAGAUCGAACUGUGGGUCGGCUGCACCUGGAGCCUGGCAGUGGUGGCUGAGAGUUCAGCGGAGAUGGGCACCAGUUGUGUACCUGGCUGUGGCUUUGAGAAAGAUGGAGGCCCAAGGAGGCAAACUCAUUAAGCCAAACCAUCCCACUGGUUCUGGCCUGGAUCUGUGACAUUCCUAUGUCCCCCCCAGGCCAGGGCCCCAAACUGCCAUUCAAAGACCAGACUCUGGAAUGGAUGGUCAGCAGGACAGGAUGUGGCAGCUGCAAAACCAUUAGACAGGAAAAAGCGAGUGCAGAUGGAGAAGGAGGAAAAGAAUAACUCCUUACUCAAAAUUUUUGGCUCCCCAUUUCAGAGAAAGACAUUCAUGAGUGGUCUCUUGCCUGCUAGUCUCUGCUGUAAGGGUAUUAGGUGGCAAGUGGGCUUUUACAUGGGGCCCUAAAUAUCACUGUGCAGGGGUCUUUUCUCUGGGGUGUUCAGUUUCUCCAGAGAUGAGUCCUCUGCUCCCCACCUGAGUGGGAGACUAUACCUGAGCCAGGUAACCUGCCUGUAGGCUUCCUGGGAACAAGGAGCAGGAAGGAGCCGGGGCUCUCAGAGUCCUGGCCACUGACCUGACCUUUUCUCUCCCCCUGGCCCUCUGCUCUGAUUUGGGUCCCUGAGCCUGGGGCUCCACUUGCCCCCUGGUCUUCUGCAGCUGGCAGAGGGGAGGUAGCCAAGCUGUAUGGGGCUUCAUGGGGACCUGUAUCCCACCCUUCUGUGUAGAAACUUUUACCUACCCCAGUUUCUGCUCCCCUCCUGCCUUCCUGUUGCCCUUACGUACUGAGUCUCUGUGAGGACUCGCUCAUUUUCUGUCUGCAUCUCCCUCUGUAGUGUCUUAGGUUAAGACUUCUCCUUGGUUGGUUACACUCCACCUUUGAACACUUUGUUAAACAACCUUGUCCACUGCUGAAUCCUCUUAUGUUCUCUUUGCCUUUGUGGAUUAAGACUUUCACAAAGCUUUCUUCACUGUUGUUUUAGUGAGGCUGGAGAGGGAGAGGAGAUGCUUCAUCUGCUAUCUGUCUCAGUUAGCUUCCUUUCCUUUCUAUAGGUCUGCCUGUGGGCAGCUUGCAGCUGUGCAGAGAGGUACCAAAGCGGGCUUGGCUGUUUCAUCAUAUAGACUUCUGACUAAGCUGUCGUGUUUACCCCCAUGGCACUAACUCUGGUCUUAGGCCUGAGCCUUUCCCUGCUCAGAACCCUUUUGGCUAAGCUCCUUCCACAUGAAUUUGAAGCUGGGACUCCUGCUGCCCGGCCGCUGCUCCUGCUUUCCUCCUUCCAGAAAUGUGUCGAAUUCCCUUGUCCACCUCACAGAUGCUACCUCUUAACUUGGGCCAAAUGGCAAGGGUAAAAUGGGAAAUCUUUGACAUUCAUUCACUCUCAUUUUAGUGGGGUCUUGGGAGGGAGAAAGGAUAAAUACAUGUCAGAGCUGGUUUUUGCUAAUCAGCCACGAUUUUGCACCUCACUUCUUAGGAGCACUGACUUGGUUCCUAACUCUAGGGAUUUUGUUUUGUUUUGGUUUGUUAUCCCUAAAGCCACUGGGAGCAAUAGGUAGUCCUGCAUAUAAACGAGGAAUGUUUUACUUCUAUAUUUUCUAUUAACAUUAUCUUUAUUCUAAGGUUCUCAUUAGGCACUGAAAUUAAAAAUGAAAAACCCACUGUAGUAGAUUGUGGAUUACCCUGGUGAAUUCUUGUUUUUAUCUGUAGGAGGCAGGCUUCUUAGGUGGCCCCCCAUGACCCCCUCCUGGUAUGCACACCCUUGUGGUAUAAUCCCCUCCCCUUGAGUGGGAGUGGUCUAGAGACUUGCUUCUAACCAAUAGAAUAUGGUAAAGGUGACGGGCUCUCUCUUCCUGCGAUUAAUUUACAAAGGAUUUGGAUCUACUUCUUGCUAGCUGACUCUCCACUGCCUUCUUGGCUUGUGUACUUCGAUGAAGCAAGCCGCCAUGGUGGGGAGGCCCACAUGGCAAGGGACUGAGGGCGCCUUUGUGUCAACAGCCAGUGAGGAGCUGAGGCCCUCAGCCCAACAGCCCGUGAGGAACUGAAUCCUGCCAGCAACUACACGCUCUUAGAACCUUGAGAUGGCAGCAGCCCAGCCAACACCUUGAUGGUCUUCUGUGAGCAUCACUGAGCAGAGGACCCAGCUAGGCCCUGCCUGGGCUCCUGACCCAGAGAAACUGUGAGAUACUAAUAUGUAUUGUUUUUAGCUACUAAAGUUUAUGGUAAUUUGUUAUGCAGCAAUAGAUAACUAAUACACUAUCCUAGGUCAGAUUAAAUGUCCUUGGAUUAGCAUUUCUUCCAAGUCCCAGGUCCUGAAUGUGGCCAUGAUUUUUAAUAAUGAAAGAGCCAUGGCGUGGAGAUUACCUGUAGUUCAAAAAAUCACACUAACCAGGAAUAUAGGCAGAAAAGUACCAGUAUCACUCUUCUUCCUUUUCUUGGGGAAAGAAAAUACUGGGAAGUGGGAGUCAUUUCAAUCCCCGCCCCCAGCCCAUGGCCUGACAUCACUUCCCCGGUAGUACUGAUGGCCUCAGAGGCCUUGGGUUUGGCCCAGCCUGCGACUGUGGCGCUCUGCCUUGGGUUGUUAUUCAUUCUUAUCUGGGCUUCCAGCCAAACCCAGUUGGCAAGAGUCAUGUCCAGUCUCUCAAGGACAAUUUUGAGUCAAUUUUCUGUACAAUCACAGGGUGAGCAGUGGGAUAGAUGGUGCCGUUGCAGCAGUGAAUGCACCUGAAGGACGGCCUUUGCAACCGUGGGACCUCCAUGGGGGUUGGUUCAAGGGGCACAUCUCCCACCUCAGUGGUGCCUCCCUCGUGAGCAUCUGGGCCCUGGUGAGUUGUGGGUAUAGAAGUGUCCUUUCCUUCUGGGAGGGAAUUAAUUUCAUCCUUGAACUUUCGGUUUUUAUAGUCGUGGUUGUUUGCCAACUCUUGUGAUUGGUUCACAUUGGUUAAAAUAUGGGGUAUUAUGGGGUGGGGGAGAAGUAGCAUAUGCAUUAAACUUUUAUCCUGUCCCUACUCUUUUUUAAAAAAUAUUUUUUAAUUUUAUUUUUUACCUUUUGGCCGUACCGUGCAGCCUGUGGGAUCUUAGUUACCCGACCAGGGAUCAAACCUGCACCCCCUGCAUUUGAAGUGCAGAGUCUUAACCACUGGACCGCCAGGGAAGUCCCCCGUCCCUACUCUUGAACAGGGGCACAGAUCCUUGAGGCAUCGGCUGUCUGCCAUGGGCUACAGGAAACCCCUGGAUAAGUAUUUUUUUUCCUAGCUUUAUUGAGAUACAAUUGAUAGAACGUGUUAGUUUAAGGUGUAUAAUGUGGUGACUUGAUUCAUGUAUAUAUUGCAAAAUGAUUACCACAAUAAGGUUAGUUGAUGCAUCCGUCACCUCACAUAGUUAGCACUUUGUUGUUGAGACCAUUUAAGUCUGGGAUGUGGUGAGAACAUUUAAGAGCUACUCUCUUAGCAACUUUCAAGUGUGUGAUACAGUACUGGAGUCUUUAUCUGCUGUGGGGUAAGAGGUAGGGAUAAAGCCAGGGUUGAAAAUGAGGAAGGAGGGGAUAAUAGAUGAACUGAGGAUGUUAGUUAGUUAUUUUGGUUAAAAGUUUAGCCAAAUUAUGUUAUCAUUGAUCAGAUACUAGCUGUAGCAUAUAGAGAGAGGUAGACACUGGUGCUAAGUUGCAGAGAAGGAAGACACUUUGUGGACUGUAAUAGACAUAUAUGUAAGAGAAGAGAUCUUGAGCUGGGAAAAGACUUCUUAAAUAUGAUCCACAAAGUGCUAACGAUAAGGCAAAACGUUGGUAGGUUUAUCUACAUCAAAAUAAAGGUUCUCUAACUUCCAUAUGUGCAGAGACCACCUAUUUCUUAAAAACACAGAUUACCAGAGAUUCUCAUGCAGUAGGCAAAUUGUAUAAAUUUACAAUGAAAUAAAUGAUAUCUGAAAAGGGUAAUAAAUACUCA